GAAAUUUCGAUAAGAAAUCAUUCUGAGUUCUAUUCUCGUUGAACGCAAUCAAACAAACAUGUCCACUUUCGCUUUCUUCAUCCUCUGCGCCCAGGCUUGUCUCAUCAGCUCGGUGUACAGCCAGUGCCUGGGUAGAGUGGGCCCCGCCAUCGCUCCUGCUAUGGCUAUUGGCGCCCCCGCGAUGCCCCUCGCCGCGCCCAUGUACGAGCCUAUGAUCCGUGGUGGUUGCGGCGCUGCUUACGGAGGCUCUGGUAUCGGAAACCUGGCCGUCGCCGGCGAGCUGCCCGUGGCUGGUACCACCGCCGUCGCCGGACAGGUGCCCAUCAUCGGCGCCGUGGAGUUCGGUGGACCCGCUGCCGCCGCUGGUGCCGUCACCAUCGCUGGCAGCUGCGGCUGCGGAUGCGGCGGACCUUACAUGUACUGAGAACAAUCCUUUAUACAAUAUAAAAAAUAAAUUUUGCUACACAUGACUACACUAAA